GGAGGAGGAGGAGAGAGGAGGUCCGCACGCCGAGACGAUCAGCUGAGCUUCUCCUCAAACAAAGACACAACGACCAAUCAGAUUACAGCUGAGAAACCCACCAAUCCCAGCGUCCCUCUCUUCCCUCCGUUCCCUCCCCCUGAUCAACUGACCUCAGCGGACUCUCUGUCCUUUGUCCCUCCUCCUCCCCCUCCUCCUCUCUGGACAUUUGGAGGGAAAGAGUCCACUGACUCCGCCUCCAGCAUGUUGAUGCUCUGGUACACAUGUGGUUUUCACACAGGCAGCUACAUGACUCAGCAGAAGUUCAGGUCGACUUCUAAAGACUGAGAGCCAGAGAGGAUUAUGGGACGCUGCCUGAACCACUGCACCUUUUCUUUUUCUUCCAAAUUAUUUUUUUUUAUUAUUUAUUUUUUUUAAAUGUCACUUUAGUUGGAAACGCUGCAGCUGUGACUGCAGCAGGAGAGUGGUUUGUGUUCAGAAGUUUGUGUCAAACUAGUUUUGUUUGGACAUUCAGUGUCAAAGUUAUUUUGUUAUUAAACACAUGAACAGAUGUUUGUGCUUUUAUCAUACCGUCAACCCACACGUAGGUCUUAGCCACCAGGGGGCGCCAAAAAAGCCAAACUGUCCCUUUACUAAGAGCUGUGUCCUCAGUGUGUGUGUGUGUGUGUGUGUGUUUGACUCCUCAGGUCAUUCAUUGUGUCCACACUGACGUUUUCAGACCGAGGUCUCACUCUGAGCAGGAAAUUAAAGCCUUUUUUCCUGUUUAGUUUGAUGUAAACAUUGAGAUUGUCAUGGAAACAGAAGUGACAUCACAGCAAAAAAAAAUACUACUGAAUGAACGUGCUGAUUUUAAAAGGUUUGUCUUCUGUCUGUCCCCUCUCUAACCUCAGAGUGUUCAGGAGACAGUCUGAGGCGUCCACCACUGUCAUUCUGUGUCCCUCUGCCUGGUCCAAGUCCACCAGCGUGAUGGUCAAGAUGCUGCUCCUCAGCGCCUCCUGCUGGCUGCUGGUUGUCACAGGCUGCUGCGAGGACGAUGUCUUCAAGACGCAGGAGGAGAAAGAACUGAUUGAAGCUCUACAGGAAGUUCUGGAGAAGUUAAAGAGCAAACAGCUGCCAUCCACAGAGAAGAAACUGGGCUGGCUUCCUUCAUGUGACGUGGGACAGCAGUGUGCGUUGCGUAAAGGUUCCAGGAUUGGGAAACUGUGUUCGUGUCCCGGAGGAACUGUGUGUAACUUCGACGUCCUCAAAUGUGUGUAGAGCUGAGAGACAAACUCCUUCAAAAUAAAGGCAGGUUUUUAAAAAGUC